AUGGCUGUAUUUGGAUUUCUAGGUCAAGCAUCUUUAUCAAUGCCCAUUCUGUUUGACCCACACGAUAAUACUAUCGGCAACGAUCGCGAGACGCUCAAGAUGCUAGGGAUGUGCUUGAGCUUGUUGCAAGUCGAGCGAGGCUUUACUGAGCUUCUGCUCCCACGUACUUUGACUCGAGUCGAUCGUGUGCAGAUACUUCCGGGGACGACGAAUGCCAUGGGUACCCGGGUGAACACUCUCAAUCUUGGUCGAGGCGACAGCAACAACAUUGCCGACCUCGAGCGACCAGAUCGGCUUCCUGCCAACCAACGAACCCUUACGACGACCAUUCUCCAGAAUCCAGACACCAUCGGUAUCGAGUUCGUACGAGUCCGCGACACCUUCGCAGUCACGGCCAUCAGUCUGUCGCCUUUCGUGGCUUCGAUGCUAUUCGUAGCGAUAUGGAUGGGUCUCUUUAUUGGCAAGUUCGGCGGGGACGUACAGUUGGUGACUCAGACUGCGUUCUCCGGCGCGGCGUAUAUCGUCACGGCAGGUGCUCUAUUCAUUGCGCUCUUCGCUUACCUGGAUAGUCAGUCUAAUUAA